AUGUCGACCAUCAGCAUCACCCUUCCAAACGGCGUCAAGUACCAACAGCCCGUAGGCUUGUUCGUCAACAAUUCAUUCGAGCAUGCGUCUGGCGACAAGUUUGAUAUUGUCGACCCCGCCACCGGGCAACAAGUCCUCAGCCUGGCCGGUGCGUCUGCCGCCGAUGUCAACGCGGCUGUUGAAGCAGCUCGCAAUGCAUUCCAGGGGCCGUGGUCAAAGCUCCCCCCCGUGGAGCGAGGCGAUUUUCUCAUGAAACUGGCCUCCCUCAUCGACCGCGACCGCAAACUCAUAGCUGCCAUAGACGCCUACGACUGUGGCAAGCCAUACUCUGUCGCGCUUGAAGCAGAUCUGGACGAGUCGUACAAUGUCUUCAAAUACUAUGCCGGCUGGGCAGACAAGAUAUAUGGCGAUACUAUCGACACGUCCCCCGCGAAAUUUGCGUACACUGUCCAAGAGCCGCUGGGAGUUUGCGGCCAAAUCAUCCCUUGGAAUUUUCCUUUUAUGAUGCUGGCCUGGAAGGUUGCGCCUGCUCUGGCGUGCGGCAACGUGGUGGUUGUGAAACCGGCUGAGCAAACUCCGCUAUCUGCCAUGUAUUUCGGCAAGUUGAUCCAGGAAGCUGGACUGCCGCCUGGCGUCAUAAACGUUGUUCCGGGUGUCGGACCCGUUGCUGGAAGGACGUUGGCUGAGCAUACCAAUGUCGACAAGAUUGCAUUUACUGGAAGCACAAAUACAGGUCGCGCGAUUAUGCGAUAUGCAGCAACAAAUCUCAAGAAUAUCACCCUUGAAUGCGGUGGCAAGAGCCCUCUCAUUGUCUUUGAAGAUGCUGACUUGGAUCAAGCUGUAAAAUGGGCCCACGUCGGUAUCAUGGACAACUCCGGCCAGGUCUGUACUUCUACGUCUCGAAUCUACGUGCACGAAAAGGUUUACGACGACUUUGUCAAAGCUUUCACCGAGUUCACCAAGAAGAGUACAGUCAUUGGUAACCCCUUUAAGGAAGAUGUCAACCACGGGCCGCAGGUCUCGAAGAACCAAUUUGAUCGUAUUCUCUCCUACAUCGAGGCCGGUCGCAAAGAGGGUGCGAGGAUCCUGAGUGGUGGUCGCAAAGCUGAGGGAGAAGGGUAUUACAUUGAGCCGACCAUCUUCGCUGAGGCGAGCGAAAAUGCGACGGUUGUUCGAGAGGAGAUAUUUGGCCCUGUGGUCGUGAUUGGCAAAUUCGCAACCGAGUCUGAAGCUGUGGCGAAGGCGAACGACACAUCGUAUGGCCUGGCCGCAGCUGUAUUCACAGAGAACAUCUCGAGAGGCCAUACCAUUGCGAGAAAAUUGCAGGCCGGAAUGGUUUGGGUCAACUCAUCUGGAGACUCGCAUUUUGGCAUCCCCUUUGGCGGCUACAAGGCUUCAGGCAUAGGAAGGGAGCUUGGAAAGUAUGCUCUCGACGCUUACACGCAGACAAAGGCUGUCCACGUCAACUUGUCAACGAAUCUUUAA